CCCCGCCCAGUGCCGACGCCCGCACCCGGUGGAGGAGUGCCGUGCGCUGCUGGGAGUUUGGGAGAUCCAGCAGUGAAGGCAGGAGUGGAGCCCCGCCGUGGAUACCCAGCAUGGACGACUACACGGUCCUGCGAGUGAUUGGCCAAGGCUCCUUCGGCCAGGCCCUCUUGGUUCGGCAGGAAAGCAGCGGUCAGAAGUUUGCCAUGAAGGAAGUAAGACUUCUCAAGUCUUUCUCUGAGACACAGAAUUCUAGGAAAGAGGCUGUUCUGCUGGCGAAAAUGAAGCACCCCAAUAUUGUUGCCUUUAAAGAGGCAUUUGAAGCUGAAGGGCAUCUGUACAUCGUGAUGGAGUAUUGUGAUGGUGGGGAUCUAAUGCAGAAGAUUAAACAGCAAAAAGGAAAGUUACUUCCUGAAGAUACGAUACUUAACUGGUUUAUACAAAUUUGUCUCGGAGUAAAUCACAUUCACAAGAAACGUGUGUUACACAGAGAUAUCAAGUCCAAAAAUGUCUUCCUCACCCAAAGUGGAAAAGUGAAACUAGGGGAUUUUGGCUCUGCCCAUCUUCUCUCCAGUCCCAUGGCCUUUGCCUGUACAUACGUGGGAACACCUUAUUAUGUGCCGCCAGAAAUUUGGGAAAACCUGCCUUAUAACAAUAAGAGUGACAUCUGGUCCUUGGGAUGCAUUCUGUAUGAACUCUGCGCUCUGAAGCAUCCAUUCCAGGCACAUAGUUGGAAAAACCUUAUCCUGAAAAUAUGUCAAGGGCCCAUCCACCCAUUGCCAGCCCCCUAUUCCUCUAAGCUUCAGUGUCUCGUCAAGCAGAUGUUGAAAAGGAACCCUUCCCAGCGCCCCUCCGCUACCACCCUGCUUGCCAGAGGCAGUUUGGCUCCACUGGUCCUGAAGUGCUUACCCCCCGAGAUCAUCAGAGAAUAUGGAGAGCAGAUACUGGAUGAAACCAAAAUAUCUGAGCCCAAGAAACUGAAAAAAAGGGCAGAUCCCAGCGGAGUCAGGAUAGCUCCGGGAGAUGAAGCAAACGCCGUGCGAGAGGAAGCGCACGAUAGAAAGUGUAGCCGUGCUGAAUUGGAAAGCACUCAUGCAAACUCAGUUGGAAGUUCACCGAGGAGAGUAGCAGGAGGAAAUCCGGAAUCAGGUAGUCCAUCAGAGCAGCAGAGGAGGACCACUCCAGCAAGCCUUCACAGGCAGCAGUGGGAGAGACAUGCUCCCAGUUCAGCUCUAGCAGCAUUGGAAGAAGCACCCAUCCUUACCUCCAGUUUCACGGCCGAGGAGGACAGAGGUGGUUCUGUAAUAAAGUACAGUGAAAAUCAUGCCCGUAAGCAGUGGCUCAGAGAGCCCCCUGAGACCUUGUUGUCAAUGCUGAAGGAUGCUGAUCUCAGCCUGGCAUUUCAAACAUACACAAUAUAUAGACCAGGUACAGAAGGAUUCUUGAAAGGUCCCCUUUCUGAAGAAACAACAUCAGACAGUGUCGAUGGUGAUUUUGAGUCUGUCAUUUUGGAUCCAGAGAGAUUUGAACCGCGGCUGGAUGAAGAAGACACGGACUUUGAGGAAGAUGGUGAAAACCCUGAUUGGGUGUCAGAGCUCCAGAAGCAAGUGGGAUGGCAGGACGUGUAUGAUGGGAAACUCCUCGGAGAACGUGCCUGAGCCUCUGGGGAGAUGCUGAUGACUGGAAAGGAAGUGAAGACAGGAAAUGUACCACAAGCUUAAAAAACAACCCAGAGCCCUUGUGAGUUUUCUAACACAAGGGAGGUCUAGAGAUGCUGUGUGCCUUGCAUUCCGGUGGACUGCUAGCCUGCUGGCUAACUCUGUGUGAUAACAGGAAAUUACUUAACUUCUUUGAUCCCUAAUUUUCUCAACUAUACAAUGAGAAUAACAAUGCCUACCUCAUAGGAACCAAGACAGUUAUAGCUACCCAUGUGUUGUUAUCCAUGGUUACUAUGUAACGUUCUCACCUUUCCUAAAGGGCCAAGGAUCUAAAUAUAUUAAAUUGUGAUGUUAAA